GUUAGAAUCACACACUGCGCAGAACUGCUUAGAAUAGAGCCAUGAUCUCAACCACGAAAUGUGAACUUAUAUUUUGGAGAAACUAACGGGGACGGACUCCUUUCCUAGGCUGAGUGUUGAAGCAUGUCUUGCCUCGGCGUUUCAGCUCCUCCUCGUCUAGGUGGUGCAAUGACAAAACUUACUCUCUUCUUCAAUCAGUGAAUUUGAAGUAAUCUUUCACCGUUUCAUCUCCUUUAGUCUCAUAUGGAAUGUAUCCCUCUAUCUGUUGUUAAACUACGAUGACAUGUCUGUAGCUAUCAGAAAGAGAAGCUGGGAAGAACAUGUGACCCAAUGGAUGGGACAGCCUUUUAAUUCUGAUGAUUGUAACACAGCAUGUCAUCAUGGACUAGUAGCUGACAGCUUGCAGGCAAGUAUGGAAAAAGAUGCAACUCUAAAUGUGGACCGCAAAGAAAGGUGUGUUUCACUACCAGACUGCUGUCAUGGCUCAGAGCUGAGAGAUAUUCCUGGGAGGCCAAUGGGUCACAUUUCAAAGGAGGUGGAUGAAGAUGACAGCCGUGAAGGUGAAGAUCAGUUUCUUUCUCUGGAAGCCAGCACGGAAACACUAGUGCAUGUUUCUGACGAGGAUACUGAUUCUGAUCUAUAUCUUACAGAUGAUAAACAGAUUUUAACUACUCAAGGGCCUAAAACGUCAGAACAACAUAGCAUCAAAGGAGCAGGCUCCUUCGUAAAGACGCUGCCCAUCAUGGAAAGUAACCAAGGUUCUUAUGACUCCUGGGGAAUGGCUGGUGGAGCUGAUUUAGUGCUGGUAGAGGAAAAGGGGGACAGAAAAGUUGUUGACAUGGUGAGUAAAAGCCUGGAGCUUUGUAAGGAUAUAAGCCUAAGUGAAAUAAAAGAUGCAUCCAAAAUGAAUGCAUGUGACUCUUUGAACGUGAAAGAUAUUGUGCCGGAAAAGCAAUUGCUUAAUUCUGCUGUAAUUGCUCAGCAUCGAAGGAAACCCGACUUCCCUAAAGAUGAACAUGAAAGAAACACCUGCAGUGCAGUACAAGAUGAGCUCUUGGCUAUUCCUUGUGCAGACAGAGGACUGCCAUUAUUAAAAACAGAUUCUGGAAGCUGCCUUCUGCAGCCUCCUUCCUGCCCUAGCGGAAUGUCAGCUGAAAAUGGCCUGGAGAAGCGUGGUUUCUCAGAACAUCAAAACAGAAGUCUUCCAAAGGUCAACUCAGGAGAUGGCAUGCAGUGUUUACACAUAAAGGAGACUCUGGCCACCCAUGAACCCACAGAUAACCAAGUCAGACUUCGUAAAAGAAAGGAAAUAAGAGAAGAUCGAGAUAGGGUGCGGCUAGACUCGAUGUUGUUGCUGAUCAUGAAACUGGACCAGCUUGAUCAGGACAUUGAGAACGCUCUCAGCACCAGCUCCUCUCCAUCCAGCACACCAACCAACCUUCGGCGGCAAGUCCCUGAUCUGGAAUCAGGAUCUGAGAGUGGAGCAGAUAACACUUCGGUAAAUCAGACACAAAUAAAUCUGUCUUCUAACACCGAGUCCACUGACCUACCAUCUUCAACCUCAGUGGCCAGUUCUGGAACCAAACCCAAGUCUAUGGCUAUUCCAGGUACUUCAGAGAAGGAAAAGGCUGAAAUUGAAGCCAAAGAAGCUUGUGAUUGGCUACGGGCGGCAGGAUUCCCCCAGUACGCCCAGUUGUAUGAAGAUCUCCUGUUCCCCAUUGAUAUUUCCUUGGUCAAGAGAGAGCAUGAUUUUUUGGACAGAGAUGCUAUUGAGGCUUUAUGCAGGCGUCUGAAUACUUUAAACAAAUGCGCGGUGAUGAAGCUGGAAAUUAGUCCUCAUCGUAAGAGAAGUGAGGAUUCGGACGAGGAUGAGCCUUGUGCAAUAAGUGCCAAAUGGACUUUCCAGAGGGACAGCAAGAGGUGGUCCCGGCUUGAAGAGUUCGAUGUCUUUUCUCCAAAGCAGGACCCCGUCCCUGGGUCCCCAGACGAUCCCCAUCUGAAGAACGCCCCCAGCCGUGAAAGCGUGCUGACGGACCUCAGCGAGCGCCAGGAGGUGGCUUCUGUCCGCAGCCUCAGCAGCACCAGCAGCCUCGCCACGCCAGCGACCCACCUCGGGGGCGCGGCGACGGCCCGGACUAACUCCAUCACCAGCGUCUGCUCUUCCGGCACCUUCGUAGGCAACGAUGACUCCUUCUGCAGCCUGCCCUCUCCCAAGGAACUGUCCAGCUUCAGCUUUAGCGUGAAAGGCCACGAGAAGAACACCAAGUCCAAGACACACAGCCUGCUGAAGCGCAUGGAGAGCCUGAAGCUCAAGGGCUCCCACCACAGCAAGCACAAGGUGCCGUCCAAGCUGGGGCUGAUCAUCAGCGCGCCCAUCCUGCAGGAGGGGGUGGACGAGGAGAAGCUCAAACAGCUGAACUGCGUGGAGAUCUCCGCCCUCAACGGCAACCGCAUCAACGUCCCCGUGGUGCGGAAGAGGAGCGUCUCCAACUCCACGCAGACGAGCAGCAGCAGCAGCCAGUCCGAGACCAGCAGCAACGUCAGCACGCCCAGUCCCGUCACCAGGACCCGGAGCCUCAGUGCCUGCAACAAGCGGGGAGGCAUGUACCUAGAGGGCUUCGAUCCGUUCAAUCAGUCCACGUUCAACAACGUUAUGGAACAGAACUUUAAAAACUGCGAGAGCUACCCGGAGGACGCGGUGUUCUACAUCCCAGAAGAUCACAAGCCUGGCACUUUCCCCAAAGCCCUCUCCAACGGUAACUUCUCUCCCUCAGGGAAUAACAGCUCUGUGAACUGGAGGACUGGAAGCUUCCACGGCCCUGGCCAUAUCAGCCUGAGGAGGGAAAACAGCAGCGACAGCCCCAAGGAGCUUAAGAGACGCAAUUCCUCAAGCUCCAUGACCAGCCGCCUGAGUAUCUAUGACAACGUGCCCGGCUCCAUCCUCUAUUCCAGUUCCGGUGACCUGGCCGACCUGGAGAACGAGGACAUCUUCCCCGAGCUGGACGACAUCCUCUACCACGUGAAGGGGAUGCAGAGGAUAGUCAACCAGUGGUCGGAGAAAUUUUCAGACGAGGGAGACUCAGACUCGGCCCUGGACUCGGUCUCUCCAUGCCCGUCCUCGCCCAAGCAGAUACACCUGGACGUCGACAAUGACCGAGCCACCCCCAGCGACCUGGACAGCACGGGCAACUCACUGAACGAACCCGAGGAGCCCUCAGACAUCCCGGAAAGGAGGGAUUCUGGGGUCGGGGCCUCCCUGACUAGGUCCAGCAGGCACAGGCUGAGAUGGCACAGUUUCCAGAGCUCUCAUCGGCCGAGCUUAAACUCUGUAUCGCUGCAGAUUAACUGCCAGUCUGUGGCCCAGAUGAACCUGCUGCAGAAAUACUCCCUCCUGAAGUUAACUGCCCUGCUGGAGAAAUACACGCCUUCUAAUAAGCAUGGUUUUAGCUGGGCUGUGCCCAAGUUUAUGAAAAGGAUCAAGGUUCCCGACUACAAGGACCGGCAUGUAUUCGGGGUCCCUCUGACGGUCAACGUGCAGCGCACGGGACAGCCCCUCCCCCAGAGCAUUCAGCAGGCCAUGCGCUACCUCCGCAACCAUUGUCUGGAUCAGGUUGGACUCUUCAGAAAAUCGGGUGUCAAAUCCCGGAUUCAGGCUCUGCGCCAGAUGAAUGAAAGCACCAUAGAUUGUGUCAGCUAUGAGGGGCAGUCUGCUUAUGACGUGGCAGACAUGUUGAAGCAGUAUUUUCGAGAUCUUCCUGAGCCACUAAUGACGAACAAACUCUCGGAAACCUUUCUGCAGAUCUACCAAUAUGUGCCCAAGGACCAGCGCCUUCAGGCGAUCAAGGCCGCCAUCAUGCUCCUGCCUGAUGAGAACAGGGAGGUCCUGCAGACGCUCCUCUACUUCCUGAGCGAUGUCACAGCAGCUGUGAAGGAGAACCAGAUGACUCCCACCAACUUGGCCGUGUGCUUGGCGCCUUCCCUCUUCCACCUCAACACCCUCAAGAGAGAGAAUUCCUCUCCAAGGGUAAUGCAAAGAAAACAAAGCUUGGGAAAACCAGAUCAGAAAGAUUUGAAUGAAAAUCUUGCUGCCACUCAAGGGCUAGCCCAUAUGAUUGCUGAGUGCAAGAAGCUUUUCCAGGUUCCUGAGGAAAUGAGCCGAUGUCGAAAUUCCUACACGGAACAAGAGCUGAAGCCGCUUACCCUAGAAGCGUUAGGACGCCUUUGUAAUGAUGAGUCAGCCAACUACCAACACUUCCUCCAGGACUGUGUGGACAGCCUGUUUAAAGAGGUCAAAGAGAAAUUCAAAGGCUGGGUCAGCUACUCUACAUCUGAGCAGGCUGAGCUAUCCUAUAAGAAGGUGAGUGAAGGACCACCUCUAAGGCUUUGGAGGGCAACCAUUGAAGUCCCUGCAUCGCCUGAGGAAAUCUUAAAGCGCCUACUUAAAGAGCAGCACCUCUGGGACGUAGACUUGUUGGAUUCAAAAGUGAUUGAGAUCCUGGACAGCCAAACUGAAAUUUACCAGUAUGUCCAAAACAGUAUGGCACCCCAUCCUGCUCGGGACUACGUUGUUCUGAGAACAUGGAGGACUAAUUUACCCAAGGGAGCUUGUGCCCUUUUACUCACCUCCGUGGAUCACGACCGGGCCCCUGUGGUGGGAGUGAGGGUCAAUGUGCUCCUGGCCAGGUAUCUAAUCGAACCCUGCGGGUCAGGGAAAUCCAAACUCACCUACAUGUGCAGAGCUGACUUAAGGGGCCACAUGCCAGAGUGGUACACGAAAUCUUUUGGACAUUUGUGUGCAGCUGAAGUUGUAAAGAUCCGAGACUCCUUCAGUAAUCAGAGCACUGAAACCAAAGACACCAAAUCUAGGUGAUUCCCAAAGCCUGUCCAUUAUCUGGGCCUUUGUUUCUAGAACCCUUGCCAGUCCUUGGAAGAUUGGGUUCAGUGUCUGAUCCUGAAACAAAACUACAAGCUGGAGUGUGGGAAUUGACUAGAGUGAUUUGAUACAUUUUUAAAGCUGCUUUCUAUUUGUUUAAGGUCUGUAUUAUGGACCUUGACUGGAAUAUAUGACUGUGCAAAAAAAAAAAA